AUGCCUGAAAUUGUGGACGACAAGUCGCAACACUGCAUCCCCUUCCUUCUCGAUCGCCUACGCGUUCAUAAUGAGCGGCACCGCGGUAACCCCAGUACCCCACCAUUUUUCAUCGGCCUCAAUGGUGUGCAAGGUGCGGGCAAGACAGUCCUGGUAUCCGCUCUUAAUGACACCCUCCGCUCGGAACCAUACUCGCUCUCGGUCGUGACAUUGUCACUUGACGAUAUAUACCUUACCCACGCCGAUCAGGUAGCUCUGGCACAAGCGCAUUCUUCGAAUCCCCUCUUGCAGCAUCGUGGUCAGCCCUCGACACACGACCUCGCGUUGGGUGAGGAGGUGUUUGCUUCGCUCGCCGCGGAACGUCCGACAGCCAUUCCGCAGUAUGACAAGUCUGCGUUUGAGGGCCAGGGCGAUCGUGUUCCAAAAGCACAAUGGGAGGUUGUCAAUAAAGAGAGUCAGGAUAAAGUCAAGGUCGUGAUCUUCGAAGGGUGGUGUGUCGGCUUCCGUCCGUGGGAUGACCAAACCUUGCGUGCGAAAUGGCAGUCCGCUGUGCGUCAAAAGGAGAACGGCAACUAUGACGGGCGACUGGGUCAUGUCAAGCUCGAGGACGUUGAAGCUGUAAAUGACGCUUUGAAGCGAUAUGAUGUCUUGACUGAGUGGGUUUCCUCGGCCAUUGAUGAUGACACAUUAAACAGCUUUGCUAACACAGGUUUCCUUCACAGCAAGCUUGAUGCUUUGAUUCAUAUGUAUAUACUCUGUCCCUCAAUAUACUUCAACUCACUGACCAAUUUCAGCGAUGCCGAAAACCCUCAUUUCGUCUACGAAUGGCGCCAGGAACAGGAACGCACGCUCCGUGCUGUCAAAGGCACCGGGAUGACAGAAGAACAGGUCAACCACUUUGUGGACGGCUAUUAUCCAUCCUACGAGCUCUUUACUGAAACCCUACGGGAAGGUGCUUUCAAGCCCGCACAUAACCCAUCAGCACUGAACUCGGACUGGCAAGGACGACAGCUCUGCCUUGUGGUUGACCGUAACAGGAGAGUUCAGAAGGUCAUUAAAAUCUGA